AUCUAUAUCACCAGCUUGCAUACUGUUCGAGUAAAGGAUCUGUGCUGUUCUCAUCAGAAUUUGCAAGAAAAGGAUAUACUUUUUUCUUCAUAUUUAGGGAUCCAUACAUAUAUUAUACAUACACAAUAAAAAUAAUUGUUGUGCAGGGACAGGUGGCAUGUGAGAUGCUUUUAUUAAGGAGGUUAGAGAGGGAAAGGGAAUGGCACGAUUUAAUUAUACUAUUAUUUAAUUAUUAUUAUUAUUAUUCUCUCUAGGAAAGUUACUUUAGUGGAGUUCCCAAGAGCAAGCCUUGAAUCCCCCCAAACCUUUUGUUAGACCAAAAAUUUCCUUCCAUUGUCGGUGAGGAAGGAUCAAGAACAACCUGUGUUUCUUGUUUGGUUAGCCUGAAGAGGAAGAAGAAGAAGAGGAGCCAUGGCAGCUGCUCUUGUGCUUUUGCUGCCCUUUCUGUUUUCCUACGCCCAUUCUUUGCCCUCUUCUCUUCUAUCGGAUUUCGAUGCUUCGAAGCCUAGACAUUCUCGUCUGCUGAAAAGUGCAUUGCAACGCCAAAUUUCCGAUGAGCAGCAAGCUGAACUGUGGACACCUUUGUCUAAUCAAGGUUGGAGGCCUUGUGCUCGGCCAUACAGCACCCUGGCAGCACUGCCUGAGAAAUCCGAAGGCUAUAUUCAGGUGUUCCUCGAUGGUGGGCUGAACCAACAGAGAAUGGGCAUUUGUGAUGCUGUUGCUCUUGCUAAAAUUUUGAAUGCAACUCUCAUUAUUCCGCAUCUCGAAGUGAAUCCAGUUUGGAAAGAUUCAAGCACAUUCACGGAUAUCUUUGACGUGGAUCAUUUCAUCGACGUAUUGAAAAAUGACAUUUCAAUUGUUAAAGAGGUUCCCGAUGAGUACUUUUGGAGCACCCGUGAGUAUUAUGCAACGGCUAUUCGAGCCACCCGAGUAAAGACAGCACCAGUUCAUGCUUCGGCAUACUGGUAUCUUGACAAUGUUUUGCCCAUAUUGCAGACCUACGGGAUUGCUGCAAUUUCUCCAUUCUCUCACCGUCUAGCAUUUGACAAUAUGCCUGAUGAUAUCCAACGGUUACGGUGUAAAGUCAACUUCCAAGCAUUGGUCUUUGUGCCCCACAUUAGAGCUCUCGGAGAUGCUCUGGUUAGUCGCUUGAGAUAUCCUCGUGACACAACUGAAACAGAUGACCGCAACUACUUGACAAAAGUAACCGAUUUGAAAGACACAAAAGGGGCAGGGAAGUUUGUCGUCCUCCACCUCCGCUUCGACAAGGACAUGGCUGCCCACUCGGCAUGCGACUUUGGGGGCGGCAAGGCUGAGAAACUGGCAUUGGCCAAGUACCGGCAAGUUAUUUGGCAGGGAAGAGUUUUGAAUUCCCAAUUUACCGAUGAGGAGUUGAGAAGUCAGGGUCGGUGCCCGUUGACUCCAGAAGAGAUUGGAUUGCUGCUGGCAGCUUUGGGCUUCGACAACAAUACUCGGUUGUAUCUUGCUUCCCAUAAGGUAUAUGGUGGAGAAGCUAGAAUCUCGACGCUACGAAAUCUGUUUCCUCUUAUGGAAGACAAAAGGAGUCUGGCUUCUCCCGAAGAAAGAGCCCAGAUCAAAGGAAAGGCUUCCUUGCUAGCUGCACUAGACUACUACGUCAGUAUGCACAGCGAUAUCUUCAUAUCUGCUUCACCGGGAAAUAUGCACAAUGCUGUGGAAGGCCACAGGACGUACGAAAACAUGAAAACUGUACGACCAAACAUGGCGCUAUUAGGCCAGCUGUUCUUGAACAAGAACUUGACUUGGCCCGAGUUCGAGACAGCCGUUGUAGAAGGCCACAAAGGCCGGCAAGGGGAGCUGCGGCUCCGCAGACCUGAACAGUCAAUAUAUACAUAUCCGGCGCCGGACUGUAUGUGCAGCAGCAUUGAUAUUUAAGUUGAGGCACGACUGUAUGUAUAUGUAUGUAUUGUGUACACUUUUGCAAUGAAAUAAACACUCCCAUGGGAUCACAUACACAUAUACAUAGGAAUUGGUCUAAUUGUUAUUCCAAGGGAGUCAAGAGAGAGAUGUUUGCAUAGUUUGGGUUGUCAAAUUGUUUGGAAUACAUUUUUACACCGAAUAACAUAUAGGUAUUGUUGUUGUAAGUUUA